AUGAAACUUAUUCAAAUUUUGGCUUUGGCUGGUUUAUCUUUAGCCUUCGUUUCAAAAAGGGCUGACCCAGACCCAUGUGAGCUGCAAUGUAUGCUUACUGUCGAAGCGCAGUUGCCCAAAUGUGGUGGAUACUCAUCAGAAGAAACUGUCACCCGUUGCCUUUGUGGUUUAGGUGAGGAUUACUGGACUCUCUUAUGGACUUGCGUUCACAAAACUUGUGAUUCUUAUAUUGGUUUACCGGAUGUGGGGUGGGAAUUUGCCAAAUCCACCAAAUGUUCGUCAAUUGAUGAAAUACUUCCAGAAAAACCUUUUCCUGACAUUGUUAAUGAUAAAUGCGUCUAUGAUUGCAUCAUCUUUGUUGAAGUUUUCAAUUUCAGAUGCUUUGGUGCACUUGAUAUAAUGGACUGCGUUUGUGCUAUUGAAGAUGAAGAUUAUUGGUACCCAUUAUGGCAAUGUGCUAGCUUAUGUCCAGCUUACGUGGAAACUCGUGUUGUAGAAUGGAUAGAGGGUAAAAAAAGGAUUUGCGGAGAUACACCAGAGGAUACAACCACUGAACUGGAACCAACUUUUAUUUCAGACUCAAUCACUGUUCCUGAUACAGAUUCAGCUACUAUUCCUGACCCAACCACUGAAACAGACUUAACCACUGUUCCAGACCCCGAUUCAUCUGACUCUACCGCAGAAGUACCAGAGCCAAGCACAGUUCCCGAUCCAAGUACAGUUCCGGAACCAAGCACAGAUCUAGAGUCAAGCACAGAUCUAGAGCCAAGCACAGAUCUAGAGCCAAGCACAGUCUCUGAUUCAACAGAUCCUAGCACCAAACCAACAACUGGACCCACAGCUGGUAAUUCCACCUCAACUAUUACCGAAUCUCGCACUGUAACAUAUACCAUAUGUGAUGAAACAACUAAUUGUGUUACAAUUACCACUGGCAUUACUGGUUCUAAAGCUCCAAACCCACCCCAAACUACAUCUAAAAAUCCUUCUCCUGGUUCAAUCACCAAACAUGAAGGUUCUGCUGUUGCUUUAGCUGUUGGUUCGGUUGCGUACUUGAUUGGUCUUGCUUUUCUUUAA